GUAUAUACCCUGUCUGGGUGGGGUUCUACUAAACUAUUUGGAAUUGCUUUAAGAAGGUCAUACCAAGGAUCAUUUUGCUACUGGAUUUAGAAUUUUAAGACCCGUUGAACUAUAUAUAUAUUUUUUAUUUGGCCUUACUGCUAUUAGUCAAUACAAACACAUUGAAUAACAGAUUCAUUACAUGGAACAACAGAUACAAAUCUCAAGGAAAAGAUAUAAGAAUGUUUAUUUUUGUUAUUUUUCUUUUUACAUGUAUUUAAACCCUUUAUUUUUGGAACUAAACAGUCUCCAUAUAUACAGUUGAAGUCGGAAGUUUACAUACACCUUAGCCAAAUAUAUUUAAACACAGAUUUUCACAAUUCCUAACAUUUAAUCCAAGUAAAACUUCCCUGUUUUAGGCCUGUUAAGAUCACCACUUUAUUUUAAGAAUGUGAAAUGUCAGAAUAAUAGUAAAGAGAAUGAUUUAUUUCAGCUUUUAUUUCUUUCAUCACAUUCCCAGUGGGUCAGAAGUUUACAUACACUCAAUUAGAAUUUGGUAGCAUUGCCUUUAAAUUGUUUAACUUGGGUCAAACGUUUUGGGUAACCUUCCACAAGCUUCCCACAAUAAGUUGGGUGAAUUUUGGCCCAUUCCUCUUGACAGAGCUGGUUUAACUGUGUCAGGUUUGUAGGCCUCCUUGCUCGCACACACUUUUUUCCUUUAGGAAUGUAUUGAAGUAAAAGUAAAAGUUGUACAAAGUAUAAAUAGUAAAGUACAGAUGCUCCAAAAAACGACUUAAGUCGUACUUUCAAGCAUUGUUACUUAAGUACUUUACAUCACUGCGUGAGAGUCUCACCUUUCCAGACGAGUAGUCCAAACUAUUCGGACGCUACAGACAGAAGUUGGCAGAUCGGCUGUACCAACUUCAGAAGAGUCCCAAGACGCUUGUGGGGGCCGUAGAGCAAAACGGAGAACCCUAUCAUAUUCGUGAGAGUCUCAUCUUUCCAUAGAGGGGAAUAACCGUUCAGAGCCUACAGACGGUUUUGUGAGAAGACCGAUUUUCAUGAUGUCUGGAAAAAAACACUCUAGCGCUGUCACCUUUGACCGCAGAUGCGGAAGAGCGACAUCGGUGGAUGUGGUGGAUUGAGACACAUCUAAUGCAAAAGAAAACUAUAACUAUUACUUGAGAAAUUGCUCUUUGCGAAGAAGCUAUUUUUGCAUCAUGUUAAUUAAAAACAAUCACAGUAAGGUACUUCAUUGUUUGCCAGAAAUGAUUUGAUAUUAGGAUAAACCGGCUGCAUUGGAACUUUUAAUGAAGGACUCUGAACAGAGAAACUGUGGCGUUAUUAAUUUCUAAUGAACACCACCUCAUUCUAUUUGUAUCGAGGUGUACUCGUACAGAUGUAGGAUCUUAAUUUCGUCACCCAGUUGCAGGAGAACUUUUAAAUUGUAGUGUAUUUGAGGUUUAUAAAGGCUUCUGAAGUUUUAAUUUCCACUUUGAAAUUUCAGACUUGAUUUUCCCUUACUAAACAUGUAUCCACCCCUACAAAAAUAUCCAUUAAUUAUAACCUACAUAAUAAUUCACAUUCAUGUUGUGUUGCUGUAGGAUUAUUUUCCUGCUGUAGCAAACUGGCUCAAAUUUAAGGAGUUCCCAGACUGGCAGAGCUCCAGAUUAUAGGGUAACAUAGCCCUGUUAAUCAUAUGGGUGGAGGAGGACUAUGUGGCUCAUAGCUGCGUAGCCUUCAGACUGGGUGUAAACAUUCCUUGAGAAUGAAAAUGGCUGUGUGUUAGAAAUGUGGUGUGGUAGCUGUUGCGCACUCAAUAGCGUAAACUGCUUGGGUAAUUCCCAUUGUCUAGAGUAGCACAAGAGCUGAAAUACUACCCUCUGGGCACAGACGUCAGUUCAACGUCUAGUUUUGAUUUACAUUUGGUUGAGUUUUCAACUAACGUAAAUGAUAUGUGAAAUCAACAAAACAUUUCACCAUGUCAUUGGAUUUAGGUUAAGAUACUUUUUGCAAAUCCAAUCAGUUUCCCACGUUGUUUCAAUGUCAUUUUUUGGGUUGAAAUGAUGUAGAAACAAUGUUGAUUCAACCCGUUUUUGCCCAGUGGGCAAUUUUGAUAUUUACACAAGUUUUUAGACAAGUUUUUAUAUACUUUUUUGUUGUUGUUGUAUUUUAUCGCCUUUUUCUACCCAUUUCAAUUUUGUCUCAUCGCUGCAACUCCCCUAACGGUCUUGGGAGAGGUGAAGGUCGAGUCAUGUGAAACAUGACCCGCCAAACCGCCCUCCUUAAAACCUCUCUAGGGUACGUGAGACGUUAGCGUCCCACCUCUUCAACAGCCAGUGAAAGUGCAGGGCGCCAAAUUCAAAACAAGAGAAAUCCCAUAAUUAAAAUUCCUCACACAUACAUGUAUUUCACACCAUUUUAAAGAUACACUUGUUGUAAAUCCAGCCACAGAGUCCGAUUUCAAAAAAGCUUUACGACGAAAGCAAACCAAACGAUUAUGUUAGGUGAGUGCCUAUUCACAGAAUAACACAGCCAUUUUUCCAGCCAGAGAGGAUUCACAAAAAGCAGAAAUAUAGAUAAAAUUAAUCACUAACCUUUGAUGAUCUUCAUCAGAUGACACUCAUAGGACUUCAUGUUACACAAUACAUGUAUGUUUUGUUCGGUAAAGUUCAUAUUUAUAUCCAAAAAUCUGAGUUUACAUUGGCGCCCUACGUUCAGAAGUCACAAAACAUCCUUUGAUUUUGCAGAGAGCCACAUCAAUUUACAGGAAUACUCAUAAUAAACAUUGCUAAAAGAUACAACUGUUAUGCAUGGAAUUUUAGAUGCACUUCUCCUUAAUGCAACCGCUUUGUCAGAUUUCAAAAAAGCUUUACCGGAAAAAGCAAACCAUGCAAUAAUCUGAGUCGGCGCUCAGAGCCCAAUCAAGACACAAAUAUAGCCGCCAUAUUAUGCAGUCAACAAAAUUCAGAAGUAACAAUAUAAACAUUCACUUACCUUUGAUGAUCUUCAUCAGAAUGCACUCCCAGGAAUCUCAGUUCCACAAUAAAUGUUUGUUUUGUUCGAUAAUGUCCAUCAUUUAUGUCCAAAUUCUAGCGUUCAGUACACUUUCCAAACUCACAACGCACGGGCAGGUCCAGCGGAAAGUACAGACGAAAAGUUAAAAAUGUUAUAUUUACAGUCCAUAAAAACAUGACAAACGAAGUAUUGAAUCAAUCUUUAGGAUGUUUUUAACAUAAUUCUUCAAUAAUAUUCCAACCGGAGUAUUCCUGUCUUCAGAAUUGCGAUGGAACAGAGCUCGCUCUCACAUGAACACUCAUGGUCAGAGCAUGUUCAGGUCAUGGCAGACCUGACUCAUUCCUCUCUCCUUUGGCCCCACUAAACAGUAGAGGCAUCAGACAAGGUUCUAACGACUGUUGACAUCUAGUGGAAGCCUUAGGAAGUGCAACAUUACCAAUAUCCCACUGUAUCUUCAAUAGGAGCUGAGUUGAAAAUCGACCAACCUCAGAUUUUUCACUAUUUAUUUUAGUUACUCUAUUGCAUGAUUACUAAUAUUAUUUCAUGUCAAAUUAUUCUAUAGCCUAUUUCAAAGUCGAUGAGGCUACAUAUAAUUACAACUUCCUCCCACUAUUAACAUCGUAUAGUCAAUAUUAAGCUACUCAGUAUGACCAUUAUCACAGCAGAACACUGCUGAAUUGAGUAAUAUUAUUUUCUGUACAGAAUGUUUCGCGCUACGGUCUGCGCGGUCGAGUACCAUCAAACAUGCAAAAAGUGUCGUCUCUGUUUCUCAAACGCCCCCCCCCCCACUGUGAUUUUAUUUGGGAGACUGCCUGUGGUUGUUUCGGUCGGCAGGUAAUGGCGCCACCCCUCCCCCCGCCCAGCUUCCAACCCAGCACAGUCUCACAGAGCACGUUAUGAAGAUUUCAAUGCCUGCUGAAAUUGGUAUGCGGAAUUUUUGAAGAGUUUGAGAAUCCUGCAGCUGAAGCGAAGGUUACUACCGUAGGCUAUCCGGAAACAUUUUCCCGAAUGAAAAGAUCUGCUGAAGUGUGAACUUUCACCUCUCUCCCCUUUGGCCUGUUCUGUAAAGAGCUUCUGUUGUUGAGGAGCUAAGACUGCUGUACUUGGCUGUGCAGGAGACACCAGUGAGGGUCGACACACCUGCAGCAGCAACAACAACUACCAUCAACGAGUCCCCUAGUGUCAGACGUCUGUGAGAUUCCACAAACGAGUCCAAGAAAGAGGGGGAGUCCAGGAGGGAGACUGAGAGGGAGUGAGAAAGCUAGAGGAUGAGAAGAUUCCACUCGCUCUAUCUCUCUGAAGACUGGAUUAGAUAGGACACACCCUGUCCGAUAUUGCACUAGGAACAUUAGAGUCUCUGGACUCCAUCAGUCAAAUCAAACCAUUGGAAAAACUAACCACAGUUGUAUUGAUUUUUGUUUUGUCUUUCUAGCCCAUUUUGGACACCCACUGAUUUUCACUCUCCGUUUUUUUCUGCCACUGCAAAGAUGGCCCUGUGUGUUUUGUCAUGGGGGCGGACUGUUGAGUGUUGAUCCCGGGAAAUAGGUGACUCACAGCCAGGAACAUGUCUUGGAAGAGGAACUACUUUGCGUCCAGAAGCGGCGGACUGCAGGGGAUCUUUACCCCACGCACCAUGACAUCCAUCGCCCCCAGUAAAGGACUCAGCAACGAGCCGGGCCAAAACAGCUGCUUCCUCAACAGCGCACUGCAGGUCCUGUGGCACCUGGACAUCUUUCGCCGGAGCUUCCGGCAGCUGACCACACACAAGUGCAUGGAGGACUCGUGUAUCUUCUGUGCCCUGAAGAGUAUCUUUGCCCAGUUCCAGUUCAGCAGUGAGAAGGUGCUGCCGUCUGACGCGCUCCGCAGCGCCCUGGCCAAGACCUUCCAGGACGAACAGCGCUUCCAGCUGGGCAUCAUGGACGACGCUGCAGAGUGCUUCGAGAAUAUUCUAAUGCGGAUCCAUUUCCACAUCUCAGACGAGACCAAAGAAGACAUCUGCACAGCCAAGCAUUGCAUCCCACACCAGAAGUUUGCCAUGACCCUCUUCGAACAGUGUGUGUGCAGCAGCUGUGGGGCCUCCUCUGACCCACUGCCCUUUAUUCAGAUGGUGCACUACAUCUCCACCACCUCCCUCUGUAACCAGGCGGUGAGGAUGUUGGAGUGUAGAGACAAGCCCACACCAGACAUGUUUGGAGAGUUGCUCCGCAACGCCAGCACUGUGGGAGACCUACGCAACUGUCCGAGUAACUGCGGGGAGAAGCUGCGCAUCCGUCGGGUGCUGAUGAACUCUCCCGAGAUCAUCACCAUAGGUCUGGUGUGGGACUCUGACCACUCAGAUCUGGCAGAGGACGUCAUCCACAGCUUGGGCACCUGCCUGCGCCUGGGGGAUCUCUUCUACAGAGUGACUGAUGACAAAGCCAAGCAGGCAGAGCUCUACCUGGUGGGCAUGGUGUGUUACUACGGCAAGCACUACUCCACCUUCUUCUUCCAGACCAAGAUACGCAAGUGGAUGUACUUUGACGACGCACAUGUCAAAGAGAUCGGGCCCAAGUGGAAGGACGUGGUGUCGCGUUGCAUCAAGGGCCACUAUCAACCCCUGCUACUGCUCUACGCUGACCCCCGGGGGACGCCCGUGUCAGUGCAGGACCUGCCCUCCCGCCUGGACCUGCACCACUUCAACAAGGCUUACUACGACAGCGAGGACUCGGGCCGGGAGCCAUCCAUCUCAAGUGACACUCGCACCGACUCGUCGACAGACAGCUACUCCUACAAGUACUCCCACUCCCACCAUGAGUCCAUGGCCAGCCACUUCUCCUCCGACUCCCAGGGAACCGUCAUCUGUAACCCGGACAAUGAUGCAGCCUCACACAGCAGCCUGGAGACCACAGGCCAAGUGGCGGACAGUGGACCAGUGCAGUGCCACUCUUUGAGGAAAGGUGGGACAGUGGACAGAAAGGGCGGGGCCAGUGACAGGAGGCGGAGCUCUAGUCGUCCUCGCCGACUUGAGGAGAGAAGCCGGGGCUCUAAGACUGACGAGGCCACGUCUGCAGGUUACCACAGCGAGGGUGAGACUCUGAAAGAGCAGCAGGCACCACGCACCGCAACCAAGUCCUCCUCCUCCAGUCGACUGAGGGACUUCAAGGAGACCAUGAGCAACAUUAUCCACAGCCGGCCCCUCUCCGCCUCCUCCUCGGGCUCCGGGGCCCUUGGAGGUCUAGGGGUUGAGCCGGGGGCCGCCACCAAGUCCAGAGACUGGGAGGCCGACAGCACCAGCAGUGAGUCCAAGUCCAGCUCCUCCGGGGGACGCUACAGACCGGCCUGGAGGCCCCGGAGAGAGGUCCUCAAUAUAGACAGCAUCUUCAGCAGGGAGAAACGCAGACAGGCCGGGUAUAGCCCCCUAGGGGCCACCUUGCCUGAAGACAGUGGGGCCCCAGCCGAGGGCUCCACAGGGUCAGUCACUGGAAAAGGACAGGGGCCCUUUGGUAAUAUGGCCUCUUCUUGGACCCUGCCGACCUCCAGGGGCCAUAAGAUGGAGCAGCAGCCCCCCAGGCUCAUCCAGAGGAUGGAGAGCGGCUAUGAGAGCAGCGAGAGAAACAGUAACAGUCCUGUCAGCCUGGACAUGCCUCUCAGCGAGGGACCCAAUGCUGUUAAUGCACACAGGGACACCGGUCUGAAGAAGCCCUCCAGUUCUGGCUCAGGUCCAUCAUGGCGCACCGUGCCCAAGUCUAAGAGCAGCAGCGCUCUACUGCAGGAUGUCAAGGCUUCAUGCAGAGGCAACAGCCACGUAAGCCUGGCGGGAGAGGGCCGCAGCGAGCUGGACGAGCUGCAGGAGGAGGUGGCCAGGCGAGCGAGGGAACAGGAGUUACAGAGGAGGAAGGAGAAGGAGAAGGAGGCCGCCUUGGGGUUCAACCCCAGACCCAGCAAGUUCAUGGACCUAGACGAGCUUCAGAACCAGGGCAAAGGGGACAGCUUUGAGCGGUGUGUGCCGGACGCUGAGGUGCUGCUAGACCAGUCUCUGCGGCUGGAGCAGGCUGGCGAUGUAUCUGCCGCUCUGUCAGUGGUUAGUGAAGCUAUGUCUAAACUCAGGCUUCCCAUGCAUGAGGGCGGUGCUAACACUCAUAGCAGGACAGUGGCUGAGGCCCGGCUGCAAAAGUGCAUGAGGAGAGCGCGGGGCCUGCAGCAGCGCAUGCAACAGCAGCAGCAGGAAGACAGACCCCAGCAACAGGAUCAGGAGGAGCAGGAUCAGCCCUGUCCCUGUCCCCAGGGGCCCCCCAGUGAACAGCCUGUCCCAAUCAAAAUACUGUUGAUGGACGUCCAGGAGGACCAACCGCAAGCAGUCCUGGAAGCCACCAGAAGCAUGCCUUCUCCUCUCCACGUUAAGCCACUCCCCUCCGGUACAAACUCACUCCCUGAGCCCUCGAGCCACCCCCCUGUCUCUAUGCCCCCAAGCCCUCACACAGGGUCAACCACAGGGGGGUACGUGGCGGAGGCGAGGGGGCGCUGGGAAGGACUGGAUAUGUCAGGCGUGCUCCCUCAUGUGAGACCUCUCCACAAACACGCUGCCAUGUCCCUGCCUGCUCUGUGCGUGGACGGCUGGGACGAGAGCCAUACUGAGGGAGGCCAUGACCAGCCUCCAGCUCUGCCCAACUACAAGCCAGCUGCAUCCCCACACUGGAACAGUAACCCCGCAGCCCAGACUCUGCCCACCCCACACCCCCACUCCAGGACACCCUCCCCAGUCAGCCACACCUCAGAGGAAAGGGGCCACGCCAACAUGGAGAAUGUCUACCCCAGACGGCCUUCCCUGUGCCCCUCUCAGCCCCCUCCUGCCCAUCAGAACCACAGCUCCCCUGUCUCUAUCUCCUCCAACACCUCCAGGCUCGGUCCUCCUCCCCCUCCCACCCGGAACUGGUCCGGCUUGAGCCUGGGCCGGCCUGAUGCUGUCGACUCCCCUUUCUACACCCCUCCCACAGACUCCCACUACCCUCCACCCGCCCCCAGCCGACCAGGGCGGACCCCUUCCCCGGCGUCUGGGGACUACAGGUCAGGAGCCGCCAUGCCAGUGGAUCACUGGGCAGAGAACGUGACCCGCUUCUACAACUUCCAGCCUGCCCCUGUGGUGGGGUCGCCCUGCGAGGAGCUGUCAGAGUUAGACUCUCUGUACCAAGCGAGCCUACAGGCCCCCAGCUUGCCCCGGGCCCCACGCGGAGUCAGCCCCCAGCCCACUACGAACAAGCAGCCGGCUAGGAAGCUAUUGUCUGGGCUGGCUGCACCUGGCCGCUCCAAGACUCCCACAGCCGAGUUAGAGAGACAUGCCUACAGAACGCCAGGCUACACCAGCAGCCCUACACAACACUCCAAGCCUGGGUCAUGUGAGCGACCACUCGCAGAUGACGAGAACUACAGUGCUGAGAACCUCCGUCGCAUCACCCGCAGUCUGAGUGGCACAGUCAUAGGGGGACGACCGGAACACCUCGCCCCCUCCCGCAGCUUCGAGCCCCCAGUUACCAGGAUGCCAAAGCAUGCGGACCCCCGAGUCACCGCACGUCACCCUAGCACGUCCUCCCUGCACCUCCCUCCCUCCUCCACCCACCUCUCUCCACCCGAACCCCAACACGUCCACAACAACCACCACUACAGCCCCCCAGCACUGUCCCAGCACCCCCCUCAGCAGGGAGCGCGGCCCCCCUCCUCGGGGCCCUAUCUGGGACGCUCAGGAGAUCACCAGAAGGGAGACCAGUUUCUGGCUGUGUUUGACCGGGGUGAAGCUUUCUCCCGUGAAAACUACCACAGUGUUGCACUGAGCUACGGCACACUACCGCGGGCGCCUCGCAGGGCACCUCCAUCCGGGUCCUCCUCUCUCCCCCAGCCCAGGGAAGGACCCAGCCCCGGCCCUGGCCCUGGGUACUACAGCCACCCAGACACGGGCUACGCCACCCUCUCCCACCCCCGCCGUUCCGGUCCCCCUAGAGGCACCAUAAACGGCUACAGGCAGCCCCUUCAACCCAGCAGGAUCAACGCAAUCCUACCCACCCGCCUACCUCCCCAACACCACCCAGCCUACCACCAGCUGUCCAACGAGACCUCCACCCAGCCCCUCCGCCUGGACGUACCCCCGGAUGUUGACUGGAGGACUCCCGACUACAGGAUGGUACCACCGUCCAUGCCCAUGCGGGACCCCCACCCCCUCCAUCAGCCCACCCAGAAACCUGACCAACCUCGAAUGAGGGCCUCAUCCCGUGGCCCCGGUAGUGCCCCACUUUGUUCCCUGUGCCAACAGCUGCCCACCGAGCCCUCCCGCCACUACUGCCAGUCCUGUUUAGCCUAUAUGGCCCGCUUCCGGCCUGCCAGCUGAUCCAGCUCACCGUCACCCUACAAACAGACCCAGUUCACUCCCAACACACACCCCCCCUCUUUCUCUCUCUGUCUUCUUUCUGUCUCUGUUCCCUGUUGGGCUGUAGAAGUCAGACUCUAGUCCUGAGUGUUAGGGAGACUAACAGCAAUCUUGGGGCACGUUGUUCUAGCAGAUUGUGGCCCUUUCGUUUCCCAUCAAUUACUGUCUAUAGUAUAACCGUGCCCCAAACCUCUUUAACCAGACAGGCCAACCACUAUCUGGUCCUAAACCUGGUCUAUUUCGAUAGAGUUUAUGUUUAGCCUCAUCUAAGGUUGUUUAAAGAUGGUGUGAUCCAGAGCGAUGCCAACAACAUUGGAAGGUGACAGAGUCCAGGCUGGGUAGAAGGGGGUUGUGAAAACCUUGCACUGAGUGUCCACUGAGGUGGAUGGCGAGAGGCAUUGUGCUUCUUGGAGUUUAGGACACCCCUCAUUCCCCCAUUGACACAUCAUCAACAACGCAGCUGGAGGUUUAGGGGUUCCACUGUUGUUCCCAGGGGUCACGAUAAAACCCUUUGAAGGAAGCCUGUUACAGACAAAGACUGAAGACGGACGUUGAGUUAACGGGGUGGGGAUGUUUUUUUGUUGUCAGUCAUGAAUUAUUCUUUAACAGGUAUUAGACAGUGAAAUGGAUGCAUCAUAAGGCUGCUUCCUGACACCAACCCUUCCCUGUCUGGAUAGGAAGAGACAACACCUUCUUCUCUCCUCGUUGUAUACUGACACUAAAACAGGACCUUCUGAGCUUUCAGAUGUAUUUACUUACUGUACUACUGUAUUUAUCAUUUUUAGGGUGCCCUGGGUAAGUAGUGUAUAGAUUGUCAAACUAAUCUUUCAGCCUCUGUAUAUACUCUGCCAUAGACCUGCUGUACUUUGCAUUGUAUCAACUAGCUAGCACUGUCUGGUGAUUAGAGCCCUCUUGUAGAAUGGGCCUCUGUGUCUCUCAGAGAGGGCUAAGGACCCUAGACUUUUCUCUUGAGGCUUUCCACGGCCCUGCAGCUAUGCACGGUUGUUCAGCACAUCUACGACUGACGGAAUCACUCGGCUUCGAGUACGUUAUAAAGUAAUAAUGAGAUUUUCUUAGUGCAGUGAAUUUACCUAACUGCGUUUAAACAAGUUUAGUUCACUUCAGAAGUGUUGAGAGUUUUACCUGUUGCUGUUUUAUUUAUAUUGACAUUUCUCCCAUUGUUACGGGAGAUUCUCAAUGUUAUUAACCGGUUUUUGUACUUUAAAGACUUGGAGUAUUUAGAGGAUGGUGAUCUGGAGUGCUAAGGAAGUACAGAGGUUUAGACUCGUAGAGAGAAUGUAGUGACAGUGUACUUUACAGAGAACAUAUUUGGCAACUGACUAUCACGCUGUGUCAAUUCAAUGGCUUUUAGCAAAUCGUACUUGUUGAAUCUUGAACGUUAGACCCAUUUACAUGUUUUGUCUUUGUGAUGCGCCAACACCGGGGAUGGCUAAUUAGUUCCUAAUUGAAAUCUCAACCCAAAUAUUACUAAGACGCUGAUUUAUACAGUAGCUCUGGAAUACAACAAAAGCCAACUUUGUCUCGUUUUUUGAGGCAGAUUUUAGAUCUGAUGAUGUAAACUUAUGGAUCAUUAGAGCCCCAAUUACAGUGAAGUCGCUUUUUUGGCUUGGGAGGAAAAGCGAGCUACAGCCUUACAAAAUACACUUACGUUAUCUACAAUCUGAAAUGGAGGAAAUUACUAAAUGAUGUUUUGUUGCUUUCUACGAUAUUGCUGAUUUGUUUUGGAAUAUUUGUACACGUAUUUUUCUACACUGUAGAUAUGACUGAGGAAAUAUGAAGAGAAUGGAGCUUAAUGAAGAAAGUCGAGUGUCUUAAGAUAAAACAAUUGCUAAAAUCAUAUGGUUAAUAAAGAAUUUAGGAUGCUCAACUGCAGUGCAAUUCACUGGGUGCGAGUGGUGUUGUCCUUCUUUGGGGAAAACAGUCUCUGAAACAGAAAUGUAUUUGGAUUGUUGCAGAUGUUAAACACUUAACCAAAGAGUGCCACUUUAGUGAGAGUCAUUUUGAUGAAAAGGAAUUAAUAAUCCUUAGUUUGUGUACAUUAUGCAACACUGCCCCCUCGUGGAUUGGCAGUAGAAGAGCAGGUGACAGGUGUCCAUUUUCUUUUAUUUAACAUGCUAAUAAACAGAUUCUGCGACAGCUGAACAGUGUACAUUUGUGUACAGAUAAUGAUAUCCUUCGAACUUAAAUGUUAAGAGGAUGUGUUUUCUUGGUAAUAUAAAGGAAGGGUUGACAGAUUUCCAUUUUGGACUUAGUUUGUAAAUGCUGUGCUAGCAGAUGGAACUUGUAUUUUUGCAAUAAAGUUGUUACAAAGUGCUCCAAACAAGAGCAGAGUAUAAA